GGGAUGUCUUAGACACACGGAGGAGAAGCAAAAUCCAUGAACUAUAAUAAUGCAGGCGCUGCUCCUGGUGGGACCCACCCCUGUCAACGGCUCCUAUGGCUUCUUCUCCGCCUUCUCCGGCAACCCUUUGAUUUCCGAUCGCUGCAGCAGCUGCCCCUACUAUCGUCGUGACGACAACCGCAGCUCCCGCCACCGUUGGGUACCGCUGGCAGCUUCCUCGUCCUCAUUUCCAUCGUCGGAUGCAAUCAACGGCAAACAAAACCACUAUUCUGUGCUCGGCAUCGAACGGGACGCCGCCCCUGCUGAUAUCAAGAGAGCUUAUCGACUACUAGCACGAAAGUAUCACCCUGAUGUUAGCAAAGAUUCACGAGCUAGUGAAAUAUUCAAGAACAUCCAUCGUGCAUAUGAAGUGUUAUCAAAUAACGUGACAAGAAUUCAGUAUGAUAGAGAACUUACAUUCCAAGAGGAUACUGUGAGAUCGUAUAAAGGGAAAUGGAAUGACAGUUCUGAAUUUGAAGAUAGGGUGAGGAUUUAUAGAUGGGCUGAACUGAGGCGAAAGAUGCAUAAGAGAUAUAAAGAGCAAAAUAAUGUGAAUGAGAAGAAUUCAUUUUUCUACAGUGAAACAGAUGAGCAAGGAAACCUGGAUCAAGACCGUGGUUCAUUCACUGUGGUGCUGAGUUUCGCCUUCGUAUCUCUUUUCUUGCUGCAGACCUUCGGUUCCCUGUUAUCUCUUACCUUCAGUACCCUGAUGGCAUUCUUUGAUAGAAAGUUGGAUGCUGGAUACAAGAUGGGUUAUUUAAUUGCAUGGAUUAUGGGUGGCAGAGGCGGGAUUUUACUGACUUUGUGCCUCUAUUUUGCAACUUGGGCUUUCGGAAAAACCAGCAGCAGCUUAGUUGCUCUGGUUGUCGUAGCCAUGUGGGUUGCCUCCAGUCUUGCAAGAUAUGCUCCCCUUCCUCAAGGUGCCGUUCUUACUCUCCUAUACAUGUCGAUGAAGCUACAAACUGAUUUCAAAUAAUCUCUCUACAUAAUCAAUGCAAAAUUUGCAUUCUUUCUUCUGCACUACCGAUUGUAAAUUAAACCAAUCUUUCUUACUUCUGUGUUUUGACAUUGAUUGUACAUAAACUCAUUCUGUUUGUUAUAUUGCAAAGGUUGUGAGAAUAAAACUACAACUGUAAUCUCAAU